AUGGAUCCGGCUGAGAAAAAGCAGCGUUGGGAUAAGCUCUACAGUGCCGUAAUGCAUCACACUGCAUCUUAUUGGCUGAGAACGUUUUUGGAUGAGCUGGAACGUGCAUGGGUCGAACAGCAACGUUGUGGAUCAACCACAAUUCCGCGGUUGUCAACAAAGUCUCUUGUGGAUGCCUACGAGAAUUCAAAUAAGAGGGUAUUCUUAUUGGAUUACGAGGGAACGUUGGCAUCUUGGGGAUCCCCAACAAGUAUUAUUCUCACGAGUCCUCAACGUACCCUUGAUGUGUUGCACGACUUAUUACUGGAUGAGAGGAAUAUCGUUUAUAUUAUGAGCUCCAGAACCCCAGAGGAACUUGAGCGCCUCUUCCACCGAGUCCCAGACAUUGGCCUCAUUGCCGAAAGCGGCUGCUUCAUGCGCAAGUUUAAGAGCGGUCAGUGGACUCGUAUUGCUGACGAGCAGCUCCCAUGGAAAAAGUCAGUCAGGGAAAUCCUCGAAUACUACGUCGAGCGUACACCUGGUACAUUUGUUGAAGAGCGUAACUGCUCAUUUAUUUGGCAUUAUGAAAAAUCCGAAGAUUCAACGCUUGCUGCCCGCCAGGCAGGAGAAUGCUGCAAUCACGUCAAUGAUUCUUGCGAAUCCUAUCGUGUUCAUGCUGUUCCCCUAGGCGGUACUGUUUUGGUAGAAUCUAGGGACUGGACUAAAGCUACGGCGGCAAAAACCGUCUUAGAACUUACGGCUGAGGGUGGUUCUGCGGUGGACUUUUUGAUGAGCGUUACCACUGUAAAAGUGGGGACAAAAAAUACGCAAGCCAACGCAACGAUCACAGGUGUCGCAGGUGUAAUUGCUGCCUUGCAGAAGCUGGCUACCAUCAUCCCGAACUAG